GUUUGUAGUUUUAUUUUUCAUCGCUGUUCACCAAAGUUUAACGUUACCCAAAUCAAGUAACAGGAACCUUACUGCCAACAGCAAUCAAUAACUCAAGCAUCCCUUUUGUUAAGUGUUGCAGAUACAAUCACACCAGACCACCGCUGAGGAUAAAAGGUUUCUCCUCACAGGGAAUUCCUUAACGUCGGCAAGUAUUAACGUUCAUGUCUUGCAGGUUCGGGCGGAGGAACCUGCUGGUGGUGAGUGUGGUGUCCGUCAGCUGCAUAGGAUUAGCUCUUCACUUCGUCCGGCGGCUCAUUGUCUUCCUCGGUCUUCGCUUCCUACAGGCGGUGUUUGUGCAGGGAAUUUACGUUACUGCCUGGACACUACUGGGCGAGCUGCUUCCCCCACGGUGGCGGUGCCGCGCCCUGGUGGCCGGAGCCAUGACGCGGCCUCUCGGGAUGGCGCUGGGGACUGCGGCGGGCCUUACUGUGCAGCACUGGCGGGGCCUUCAGCUGACAGCCGCCCUCCCGCUUCUCUUAUCUCUCCUGUAUUACUGGAUGGUGCCAGAGUCCCUGAGGUGGCUGCUGACGAGAGGCAAGAUGCGUAGGGCGAAGCAGGUGGCAGGCCAGCUGGCGCGCCACAACCUGCUCACUCUGCCGCCCACGGCUCACGCCCAAAUGGACCACCUCGCCGCUCACGUGUACGUCGACCUUGCCUGGGAGAGCCUCAUCACGCUCUUCAGGACCCCUCGCCUCCGCGCACACAUCCUGAUCACCAUGUUCAUGUGGUGAGGGAGCGUCCGCCCUCUGAGGGGACUCCUGUCAUAGUAACGCAACUUUCAAUGACGCUUGUGUUCUUAUAUAGAUUGUAGCUGUUUA